AUACACACACGCACACAUUCCACACAGAUACAUAACGUAUAUCCCCACACACAUUCCACAACCUGGGAAGCCCCGAGCCAAACCAUGCAGACCGGCACUUUCAUCCUAGUCCUGACCACUGUGGCCACGGUGAGCACCCAGCGGAGGAGGGCCGAGGGCAGUGCCCAUCGCCGGUCUCACCGCGUCCAGCACGGUCAGUGCAGCUAUACGUUUGUCCUGCCGGAACCCGAGCCGUGCCCCCCAGGGCAAGAGGCCUUUGGCAGCAGUGCCAACACCCUGCAGCGGGACUCCCCGGCAGAAGCACUUCAGGGGAAUGACUGGUCAGUCCAGAGGGUGCAACAGUUAGAGCGAGUCCUGGAGAACAAUACUCAGUGGCUGCUGAAGCUGGAGAGCUACAUCCAGAGGAAUAUGAAGUCGGAGAUGGUUCAGAUCCAACAGAACGUGGUCCAGAACCAGACAGCUACCAUGCUUGAGCUUGGCACCAACCUGCUCAACCAAACAGCCCAACAAACAAGGAAGCUCACCGAUGUGGAAGCCCAGGUACUGAACCAGACAUCUAGGAUUGAGCUCCAGCUGCUGGAGAACUCACUGUCCACCAACAAGCUUGAGAAGCAGCUCCUCCUGCAGACAAAUGAAAUCCACAAACUGCAGAAUCGGAACAGUGUGUUAGAGACACGCGUGCGGGCCAUGGAAAGCAAGCACCAGAGCGAGCUGGAGGGCAUCCGGGGCGAGAGGGAGAAGCUCCGGCGCCUGGUGAACCGUCAGAGCAGCACACUGGAGGGCCUGGAGAGGAGCCUGCAUGCCGCCAACAGCAACACAAGUCUCCUCCAGAGGCAGCAGCGACAGCUCCUGGACUCCGUGCAGCGCCUGGUUCACAUUGUCUCCAGCGGCAAAGCUCCGUUACAGAAGGAUGAGCAAUCCUUCCAGGACUGUUGGGAAAUCCGCCUCUCCGGGGUCAACAUCAGUGGUGUCUACACUAUCCACGUGGCCAACUGGACGGAGCCCAAGAAGGUAUACUGUGACAUGGAGACCAGUGGUGGGGGGUGGACCCUCAUUCAGCGCCGAGUGAAUGGCAGUGUAAACUUCCAAAGAAACUGGAAAGAUUACAAACAGGGCUUCGGCGAUGCUGCUGGGGAGUACUGGCUGGGCAAUGAGGCGCUGCACCAGCUCACCAGCCAGGCAUCCUAUGCCCUGAGGGUGGAGCUGCUGGACUGGGAAGGGAACCAGGCUUACGCCCAGUAUGAGCGAAUCCAGCUGGGGAGUGAGCAACAGUUCUACAGGUUGACGCUGAAGGAGUACAGUGGCACAGCUGGUCACCAGAGUGGCUUGGUCCUCCAGGGCACCAACUUUAGCACCCGAGAUUCUGACAAUGACAACUGUCUUUGCAAGUGUGCCCAGAUGCUGUCUGGAGGAUGGUGGUUUGAUGCUUGUGGACUCUCCAACCUCAAUGGCAUCUAUUACCCAGCCAGGCACAAUGUCCGAAAACUCAAUGGUAUCCGGUGGCACUACUUCCAGGGCCCCAGCUACUCACUUCGGGCCACGCGCAUGAUGGUGAGGCCCACAAACUUCUAGAGCUAUGACAGCCCAGGCGUGGAAGGCCAUCGGUGGCGAUCAGGGGGAGAGACACUCCCCCACCCUGAGGAGAACUACCUAAAGCUCAACACACCAGGAGGGUGACUGUCUGAGAUGCUUGAAGGUCUGUCUGGAGGAGGAGGAGCGGGACCUCAACAGACUGGUGGAUUCCACAAAUUCAUUUGUACUCCCCAAAACAAGACCAGCUUUGGGUAGCACCAAGAUGCUGGCAGUCAGGGUUGGAGUAGCCUCACCAAGAUGGCCAGACUGUCUCCUAGAGGCCACAUUGGCAUUGGCUCAGAUUCUUGUGGUUCUCUCACCCUGGAAAGGUCUCACAGAGCAGUUUCUUCUGGGUUCCUUGGACACAAGCCCCACUUUGGGGAAGGGAGGCUUCCUUUCUCCUUAUGUUGAUCUCCACUUAAUUCUACUUCUGUUUUGACCUCUCUCUCCCACCAUCUCCCAUCCUCUCCUGGCCUUAACCAUCCUCUCCGAAUCCAGCCCAUUAUCCUUUCCAUCCUCAUGAGAUCUGGGCAGCCCCUCCUUGUCCUCAGUGCUGCCAUCCAAGGGCCUCAUUACAUGGCCAGAUGAACUGGCUCCAUCUCUCUUCCCUGCCACCACCACCCACACACAUUUUAAUUAGAUCCAGAGAAUCAUCUUCAUUCAAAAAGACCAAACUUUCAAGUCCUUGGUUUCUGCUGGGCUCCCUGGCUAGAAAUACCAGCAGUGUAGAUUGCUCUGCUGAGUGUGAGGAAAACCAAGGGCAGGAGAAGGGAUGCACUUUGGCUUUCUAACUAUGAGGUGAUUGGAAACCUCUACUUAGCAUAGGCUUUUCAAGUGCUUCUCUCCAUCUCAGAAGCAGACCUCACUGAGGAAGACCUUGGGUUGGCCUUAAUGAUGUGACUCCUUCUCAGAAACACUUAUCAAGCCUAUUUGGCCUUAAGGGAAUCUGUAUCCCCAGGAGUAGACGGGAGAGCCUGAUAUGGCCAGGAGGGUCAGGGUAGAGGGAGACUGGUGACCCUAGAGAGAUGAACCUGGAUGUAAACAGUCAAACCUGGAGAAAGAACCACGCAGAGAACCUGAUAGGGGACGUAGGAGUGGCAUGGGAAAUUGUAACAGCUCGAUCCCUGGCCUUGAGGAUUCUUGCCAUGUUCUGCCAAUGGGCCCGGUGGUAAAGACAAGAGGACCACCUAGAUACCCAGCCCAUUUUUUCAAAGGAUUAAAACCAGAGUCUGCUUCAGGACCCAAUUACUCUGUUGGGCAACCACUAGUCAUCUCAGGCCAGGCCAGCUUUCUCUUGGAUCAGGCAUCUACCCACCUUCUGGGCAACAAAAAUGUGCAAGAGACACAAUUGGUCCAGAGUACCACCCUCCGCCAUGCAGUUGUCCUCUGUCUAUGGCGAUUCCCCUCUUCAUUUUCCCAAUACCUUGUGUUCUCCCCGCAUCCCUCCUAAACCUAUUUCCUGGAAAGGAGGUGGGAUGUCACUAAUCUCUCUCUGAAACUACCCAGCCCUGUGUUCCCUCUCCUAAGGGAACUUGUGUCCUUAAUGUGGCCACUAUUGGGGGAAGGGGAUGGCAAAGGGAAGGGAGGUAGGAAUGAAGGGCUUUAUUCCCAGUAGAGGGAUAUCCCAGCUUUAGCAAACAGAUAGGGAAGGUCCAAAGGUGUAGGAAGCCUCCUAUUCUGUGUCUAGGUAAGGCCAGCUCUGUGGUCCUGGCCUUCAAGUACUCACAAUCUAGUUGGAGAUAGCAACUCCAUGAGCAAGCAGGGAAAAAAGAAGACACAUAUAUCAUAGGGCUCUGGAAAGGGCAGUGGUUCAAAGGAUAAUCCACAAAAAGGAAAGGAUCUGAGGUCUCUUCGAGUUCCAAAUACAUGAUCCUGUGAUUUGGGUAAUAGAAUGUGAGACUCAUGUUUUGUUAGAGCUAGUAAGCUACAGACAGGACAGUAGGUAUUCUAAGAAGGAGAGAUCAGUUGGGUUUGGAAUAAUCAGGGAAGGUUUCCAAGAGAGAGGACACAGAAUAGAUUGGAAGAGACUAGAAUUGUGUGCAGAAGGACGAGUGGGAUUUGAGUGGAUAGAGAGAGGCAGGGGAGGGCAAAAAAAAAAAACCAGAAGUUGUCAAAGCUCUUUUGUCCUUGAUUCAGAGAAUGGCUUAACGCAUUGGAUGCCAGAGUCAGGAUCCCAAAAGAAAACUGAGCCAAAUCUCAGUUGCUCACAGCAUGUGAGGCAGUAUUUUGGGAUCAAGGCCUGGGUGUGAAUCUCAGCUUUACUCCUUACCAGCUGCUAGACCUUGGACAAAGGAUAACCUCCCUGGGUCUAAGUUUCCUUAUUGGUAAAGUAAAAAGGGUUGAACUAGAUGAACUAUCUC